AUGGCUAUUUUCUUGUAUACCUGCUUCUUGCUAUCCCUAGCAUCGGCUUCUACAGUGGUGGACCUGGGCUAUGCUAGAUAUGAGGGUCGUACACUAUCCACCGGAGUCACACAGUGGCUCGGCAUGCGGUUUGCUGCUCCUCCGGUAGGAGAUCUGCGAUUUGCUGCCCCGCAGGAUCCUUUGUCUGUCAAGGGAACACAGCAAGCAACUGAGCAUGGAAGUAUAUGCAUCCCCACAGCGGCAAGUGAAGGCCGGGCAGUCCCAGCAGGAACCUCAGAGGACUGUCUGUUCCUUGAUAUAUAUGCGCCUGCAGCUGCAGCAAAAGAUUCAAAGAAACUGCCUGUCUUCUUUUGGAUCCAAGGAGGAGGCUUUGCCGUCAAUUCAAAUGCCAACUAUAACGGCACUGGGUUGAUCAAGGCAUCCGGAAACAAUAUGGUGGUGGUCACUUUCAACUAUCGGGUUGGACCCUACGGAUUCCUUGCCGGAGAAGAGGUUGAAAAAGGAGGCAGUUUGAACAAUGGUCUGAAAGACCAACGCAAGGCACUGAAGUGGGUUCAGAAGCAUAUCAGCAAAUUUGGCGGAGACCCCAACCAUGUUGUCAUUGGUGGUAGCAGUGCAGGCGGUGCCUCAGUGACUCUCAUGCUCUCGGCAUACGGUGGCAGAGACGAAGGCCUGUUUGUUGCAGCAGCUGCAGAGUCACAAAGCUUUGCCCAGAUGCUCAACGUCACCGAAAGUCAAUUUGCAUACGACGCGCUGGUAACUGCGACUGCAUGUGACGGUAGUCAAAAUACCCUGGCAUGUCUGCGCAACCUCGACGUCAGUGCUCUGCAGCAGAAGAACGUCGACAGACCCAACCCAGGAGCCAAAGGGAAGCCGUUAUACCUGUACGGUCCCACAAUUGACGAGGACCUAGUGCCAGACUACACGUACCGCCUCUUCCACGAAGGCAAAUUCAUCAAGGUACCAGUGAUAUUUGGCGACGACACCAAUGAAGGCACGAAAUUCGUUACCAAGAGCACCUCCAGUGUCGACGAGGCAGACACGUUCAUCCAGAACCAAUUUCCAGCAAUCAAACAGAGCCAUCUUGCCAGGAUCAACAGUAUAUAUCUUACUCCAAACCAGACGGAGAAAUUCCCUGGCGCUGGGUCCUACUGGCGGCCGGCAAGCACGGCGUACGGCGAAAUACGCUACAUCUGUCCCGGAAUUGACUUGUCUUCGAUCUACGCAGCGGCAGGCGUCCCAAGCUGGAAUUACCACUACGCAGUUCAGGACCCCACCAACGAGAGCUCGGGAGGUGGGCACACCGCACACCGUCGAACUUCGUACUACACCACCAACGCACCCAUCGUGCCUGUGAUGCAGGGUUACUGGACAAGCUUCAUUACGUCUCUGGAUCCGAACACCAAACGUCAUCCUUCGAGUCCGAAAUGGCAGACUUGGGGUCAAGGUGGUGAUGAAUUCCAGCGGAUCUUCAUUCGAACCAAUGAGACUAGGAUGGAGAAGGUGCCACAGGGACAGAGAAGCCGAUGUAAAUAUUUGACUAGCAUUGGUAUUGAUUUGAAGCAGUAG